AUCAAUUCACAAGGAGCAGAACAAUGGUAAAGAUGCUUUGGAGCAGGUGAAGUUCUAUCAUCGGGCACGCCGUUGUCGAUGCUUCCAGUCCACAGAAUAUCCUCCACAAUCUGCAUCUGCCAUUCCAUCCCACCUCCCAUCUCAUCUCGUCCUCGUAAACCCUGCGGGAGGCGCUCCUUCACCACUGACCAGCCACGCACGCGUCCUGUAACCAUUCGCCGAUGUCUGAAGCAUUACCGACAUGUCGACUCCGGUGCCGAGAACGCCCGAUCAAACCUCGCGCAACGUCGCCCUAAACCGAUCCUUUUCUGCCGCCCAUGCACCGAAUCGCGCGCAGCCCAUUGCAGACAUCGGCGCGACCGAAGGCGUCGAAACACUUUUCUCGCACGCCAGCGGGAAGAUUGUCAAAUUCACGAGCAACGCGCCGACACGGCCGAACAGCAGCGGUCAGUCUGGGACAUGGAGUCCUGGAGGAGGCGGAGGCCUGCAUCAACCCGGCACUCUGCCAUGGGCGACAUUGACAGAAAAGACCAUGGCGGCAGGCCCGCUCGAGAUAUAUCGCGUGCCAGGCUCCGUAUCGUUCUUACAUUCCGGCUCGUUACUGCACGCCAUCAUGCCGCGGAGUAACUGCUGGUGCGUGGACGGUGUGAGCAAAUUCGCUAUGCGCGUGCUCCCAGACACAUAUUACCGCAUCGAACUACCUGGAAAUACACCUGAGGACCUAGCGAAAGUAGAAGAGUUCAAGAUCACGCUACAGAAGGUACUGUUCUAUGAGAGGACAGCAUGUCCAUUCGCGCGGACUUUCCAGGUAGACCUCCCGAUCGAAGGAGAGCCAAAGCCCAGGAAAAAAAGACGGAGAACUGAUGGACCCGCCAAGAAGUGGAAGUUGGACAAAGCGUACAGUUGGAAGCCAGAAGGAUGGACACCCGAGCAGGAUGCUCCUAGUGAUGGCUCUUCUGGCAGUGGCACAACAUCGGACGAGGAAGGAAGCUCAGGUUCGCCAGAAGAACUGGCAGAUGGGCUUGCAGAGCAUGUUGCGGAGCUGAGCGUCAACCGGCCGGCACCAGCCAGGAAGCCUACUGUGAAAGAUCGAGCCAGGGGCAUCGAGCUGCGGUCGGUGACUGCUCCUCCACAGCUACAAGUACAAUCUACUCCGCCGUCCAGACUGCGUGCUUCUUUCCUCCCAGCGCGCAACGACCACACCCACACAACUUCGCCAUCCAGACCGAGAGGAGCGAAAGUGCCAGAUACGUCGGCGGGUGCGACGCGUAAAGAGCUGCUCCAAAAGGACAUUUCUCCCACUCUGCUAGGGCAACCAAGCACACCCUCGCGAUCUGUGUCUCAAGAAGCGAGAGAGCCAGAUGCCCCACCAGGCGCAUCUUCAGAAGAACACCCCUCCCACGCUGCUUCAGAUGGUAUGCCUAUACUUCUCACCUCUGCUACGUCAGACAUCGAGGCGCCAAAGUCAAGCAACAUGUCCGAGGCAUCGGCAGAAGGAGACAACGUGCAAGACCAUCGGUCAUUACAGUCAAUGCCCACCGAUAUGCCUCCUUCACCGCCAGAUUCCAAUAUUGGGCUAGACUUUGCAUCGUCAAAUGAUGCCUCGUCCCAACCUCCAAUUUCGCAAGAAGACGCAUCGCAUGCACCUCAACGCAUCGUACACGAUGCUGCGCUUGCUGCUAGCGCCGGACCAUCUGUCAAUGUAGAGAAAGCGUCGCAGCUACAUCAGAAUCGUGGAGUGGCGGAACGGGCAGCCGCCAGGUCCGACCAAUUAGAAUCACCUUCAGUGGACCACAGUACCAUUGUGACGGGUGUCGACUCCACGCCAUCCGAACCAUAUGGACCUGUCGAACAUGUCGCCACCGAUGCACUAUUCGUCGCUUGCGACGCACGUAGCGAUGAUUUGCCGAGAAACAGGAACGUUCAGCGCGAAGCCAGCGCAGAGUCCGACCAGGCCGCCUCACUACCGGUGGUAGACUCUCAAGGUGACACGAUCUUGCACGACCAUGGUGGUGAUCAUGCUGAACCUCCAACCACUCCGAGUGGGUCUGCGCUGGAGGUAUACGGCACCACAGGCGUGUGUAGCGAGCGCCCAGCGGAGACAAUGCCGAUGCCUGCUGCGCAUGUUGAGCCACUGUCGGAUACAUCUCAUGAUAUACAUCUGGAUCGUUUCUCGUCUUCAGAGGCAGACCCCUUUGCAGCUAUCCAGGCUCGAAUUCAGGCACGAAGAAGUAUCGGUGGUACAUCAAUAACGAGUCCCGUUCCCAUACGUCGCCGAACAACGGGAUUGUCUUCUAUUUCCACGGCAUCUAGUAGUUCGCUCCGUUCGCAUCUCUCUAAAAGACACUCGCAGGAGAAGGAUCAAGCAGCAAUAUCCACUGCUCUUGUGCGAAAAACAGCCUCUGCUUUUCUGGGUCCGCCCGUACAUCUUGUGGCUAUCAUGCUCAGAAUUGCUGCGAGGUUUGCCAAGGGUGCUUUCCCGAAGGUUUUGCUAUUCGAGAGUCCCGCUGGGAUGCCAAAACGUGUUCCGGGCUCAUUCGACCUUGAUGAUAGUGACAUUGAGGACGAAUUUGGGUCGGAGGAUGAAGAUGAAGAAAAUGAAGAUGAUUUUGGUGUUCCUUUGAGGAGUCCGAUUCGACUUGUUGCUAAUGAAAAUUUGCCGAGGACGAUGUGGGAGAGCCACAAGAAAGACCGUGAGCGCGGGCUUGUUGGAUCUUCAGAGCAAGAGUGAUGGAUCAAACGGUACUUGAGCGAGGUGUUUUGGGUGUUUUUGCUUGACACAACUGGGACCGAUGACCACGGAAAUGAAGGAAUCAACUGCACUGAUGACUUUUCCCACGCUGGAUAUGACGUGAAUCGCGAAGAAUAGUAAGUAGGUAGUGUCUAGAUUAGUGAGUAUGCUACUUACCUUACUGCAUGAAUGGCAAGCUGUUAUUAUACC